AUGCCGACUACAGUUGAUCCCGCCACCCUGCCGACUAUUGUUGACACGCACAAGGAGGGGUCCAGUGACGCCUACAAGCCCGAUGCGAAGCUGAACGCGCGCAUCUCGAUUUGGCGCGGGGAUAUCACCAAGCUCAAGGCCGACAUGAUCGUAAACGCAGCCAACAAGAGCCUCAUGGGCGGUGGCGGGGUUGACGGCGCGAUCCACCGCGCGGCCGGCAAGGAGCUGCUGCGCGAGUGUGCGGGUCUCGGCGGGGCUGAGACAGGCGAGACGAAGCUCACGAAGGGAUACAACUUGCCGGCCAAGUACAUCGGUCACACUGUCGGACCCGUCUACGGCGAGGGGCGGAAGGAGAAGUGCGCGCAGCUGCUCAAGUCGUGCUACCAAAGUGCGCUCGAGCUGUGUGCGGAGAACGGCGGGGGAUCUAUUGGGUUCCCGAGCGUGUCGACAGGCAUCUACGGCUAUCCCAUCCGCGACGCGACACACAUUGCGCUCAAGACGACUCGCGAGUUCCUCGAGAAGAACGACAAGAUCACGCGUGUUGUCUACGUCGUCUUUCAGGAGAAGGACGAGAAGGUGUACAACGAGCUCGUGACGGAGUACUUCCCGAUCGAGGCGAAGGCUGGUGGGGAGGCUGGCGCAGAAGGAGGGGAGAAGGCCAAGGAGACCAAGGGGCAGGAGGGUGAGGAGGUGAGUGAGCUGACGAACGGCGACGGGUGA